CAAACUAUAACCUAAUAGGAACUAUCUGGCUCGUCCAGCGUCGCGACGGAACGAUUUUACUGCAACACAACCCGUCUGGUGCUAUUUAGAUCCUUUACGGUGGGUUUCAUGGCGGGAGCAGAAGCAACAAACGUGGACCUCAGCAGGAAGUUUGUGUCCGAGACAGAGCUUGAUGAGAGGAGGAAGAAGAGACAGGAGGAGUGGGAGAAAGUCCGGAACCCUGAAGAUCCGGAAGAGGCGCCAGAGGAGGAGUACGACUCACGUUCGCUCUUUGAGCGGCUGCAGGAGCAGAAAGACAAGAAACAGCAGGAAUUUGAGGAGCAGUUUAAAUUCAGGAACAUGGUGAGGGGAUUGGAUGAAGAUGAGAGCAGCUUCUUGGAUGAGGUCUCACGGCAGCAGAGCCUGGUGGAGAAGCAGCGGAGGGAUGAGGAGAAGCAGGAGCUGCUGGAGUACAGAAGCGCUUUAGUGAAGCAGCCGGCUUCAGAGAGCCACAGAGAGCCAGAGAAGAAGUCUACUCCCAAAGCUUCAGCGACCGAGCCGAAGACCAGCCACCUGUCUCAGGCACACUUAUUAGUCGGGGCUGUGAAGAGACGCAACUCGUCACAAUCGUCAGGAAACAGCAAGAAGCAGAAAGUGGACGGAACAACAGAAGCCUCAGCGACAGGAAACUCAGACAGACUUACAGAACAGGAGGCAGAAGCAGCGGCAGGAAGAGGAAGGACGGCAGCCUCUGAGGAUCAACCCGCCUCCCUCACCAUGAACACGGCCACUACUCCCGUGAAAUCCCGUCAGGGCACCCUGCACCUGCCAUCCGCCGCCAUGUGUGUCGGCGUUUUACCGGGACUCUGUGCGUACUCUGGCAGCAGCGACUCGGACAGCAGCUCGGACAGCGAAGGUAGCGUGGACGCAAUCAUGUCGCCGUACCCGCGGCACAGCAGGGCCUACAGAUAAAAACACACCAACAGGCGUUCAGAGCGGGCGACCCCGACACACAAACACUGACCUCACACACACACACACCAGUUUGGACCUGCAACUCAACCACAUCUGUUCAUUUGUUUGUUGUGUGGCUCUCAAAUCUUCCUUCGAUCACAUCUCACAGUUUAAUCGAGCCACCAAUCCCGCACUGCCUCCCCCCCGACGACAUCCUGACCCCCACCCAGUCACGGCGGCUGCAGGCUGAAGCAGCGGUGACUGACAGCUGCGGAGCGAGGAAGGCUGCGUUAGACGGUCAUGACUCUCACCUCGCAGCUGUGAGCAGCAGAGGAGCGCCACGCGCGCCUCGCUGUCGCGUCGGUGGAGUUCAGAGUCAGGAGGGUUUGGAAACACGUUUUUCUUUCUUCCCCCUAAAUGUGUUUGUUCUGGAGAAAUGUUCAACUGUUUGCUGCUGUCUUAGAAAAUAAAGUAUUCACUGUUGUUCUGGGA